AUGUUGGCAGAUCUUUCCUCAGACGUCACGUUGAAAAACUUAAAAAACAAUUCAUCUCUAGAUAAAUUUUGGAUAGAAGUUCACAGCGAAUAUGAGGUAUUAAGUGAAAAGGCGUUGGGGGUCCUACUUCAUUUUCCUUCAACAUACUUAUGUGAAAGUGGAUUCUCAGCAUUUCUCAGGUUUCAUUUUACUCCAGAUAUUGAUAACAUAUGCAGUAAUAUUCAAGCGCAACCAUCCCAUUAA